UCUUUAAUCUCUCAUUCUCCACUUCCAUACUCCUCUUCUUCUUCUUCUUCCUUUUCUUCUUCAUACUCAGUUUAUUGUUCAUUUCUCCAUGGCUCAACAUAUUUUCAUUUUAUGUCUUUUAAGUUCGUUGUUGUUUGUAAAUGGCAUUCCAUUCGACUUCUUCCAACUAGUUCAACAAUGGGGUCCAAACAUAUGUAGUCCUGCUGGCAGCAAGUGUUAUGCUCAACCUCAACCCAUGUUCACUAUUCAUGGGCUAUGGCCAAGUAACUUUUCGACUGUCCCAAUUUUGUGUCCAAGGACUAAAAAACUAUUUCCACAGGGAAAGGUUACAUCACUUGAACAACAUCUAAAUAAGUACUGGCCAGAUGUAAUAAGUGGAAAGAACUCCAACUUCUGGGAACAUGAAUGGAGAAAGCACGCGGAUUGUAUAGACCCUCCUUUUACCAUAUUUUGGUAUUUCGAUAUUUCUUUGAGACACCGAAUGAAUAAAACGUAUGAUCUGUUAACAAUCUUAAAUGAUGCUGGACUCAGUCACCAAACGCACAAAGAUCUCAUAUCUCAAAACGUUCUAGACCCCAUUAAAAAUGCAACAGGAAUGGAACCAGGCAUCCGUUGCAACAUAAAUGGUAUAACUAAGAAGUUGCAAUUGAAAGAAAUUGUAUUGUGUUUUGGCAAUGAUGGUACUACCCUCAUAGAUUGCCCUUCGUUUGUUAGCAACACUUGUACAAGUCAACCUAAAUUUGUGUGGCUCCUCCCACAACAGAGUUCAGUAGGUGUUCCAGAUUAUCCAUGACUCUUAUUGUUUGUUAUGCAUACCAGACCUAUUUAUAGGAAAUUUAAGUUUGUCUCUUUAUUAAAUCAGUAUGUGUAUUUACUUUUAAGUUUGUCUCUUUAUUAAAUCAGUAUGUGUGUAUUUACUGUUGUCGUUUGAUGUUUGAAUAAGUUUGUGCGUUCGUCAUUGUUGUCAUUAAGUAUGUGCUUAAAUGAUCAGUUAUCAAUGUUUAUGUGUAUUUCGGCUUGUUGUCAUUAAGCAAUGUUUAAAUCAUUUUAAGUA